CGGCUGAGGGCCGAGCGCGCUGAGGAGACUCCGCGAGGCCGGGCUGUCGCUGUGCGCGCUCGAGGCGCCGCCCGCCGGAGGCCGCGGUAAAAUAUGGCAGACUUCUUUGCAUCGAAGACCUUUACUGCACUUUCAGAUCUACAUCCAAGUAUGGCUAACUUGAAAGUAAUUGGUAUAGUCAUUGGGAAAACAGACGUCAAAGGCUUUCCAGACAGAAAAAAUAUUGGAUCAGAACGGUACACCUUCAGUUUCACCAUUCGAGAUUCACCAAACCAUUUUGUAAAUGUCACCUCCUGGGGCAAUGAAGAUUACAUCAAGUCACUUUCUGGCAGCUUUAGGGUUGGUGAGUGUGUGAUGAUUGAAAAUCCCCUGAUCCAAAGAAAAGAAAUGGAGAGAGAAGAAAAAUUCAGCCCGACCACACCUAGCAACUAUAAACUAUUGCUCAGUGAGAAUCACUCAGCGGUGAAGGCUUGCUCUGUUUGUGAAGUGGGCGACGAGUUACUUUCUUUGAUACGUUUGCCUGUCAAGGAGUCUGGAGAUUAUUAUUCUUUGGGUGAUAUUGUUGCAAACGGACACAGUCUUGAUGGCAGGAUUAUUAACGUGCUUGCAGCCGUGAGGUCGGUUGGAGAGCCAAAAUACUUUACAACUUCAGACCGAAGGAAGGGCCAGAGGUGCGAAGUUAGACUCUACGAUGAGACAGAGGCAUUGUUCCCACUGGCAUGUUGGGAUACUGAAUCCAUUCUACUUGCACAGAGCUGGACUCCAGGAGAAACAGUAAUAUUUGCCGCAGAUGUAAGAAUAAGUUUUGACAAAUUUCGGAACUGCAUGACAGCAACUGUAAUCUCAAAAUCCAUUAUUACAACUAAUCCAGAUACACCGGAAGCUAACAUCCUACUGAAUUUUAUCAGAGGAAAUAAAGAAGCAAAUGUCUUUGAUGAUGAAAUUGGCAGUCAUUUAAAAGAAUCCAUAAACUUAAAUACAAUAGUUGAAGUCUAUACAGUUGAACAACUGAAGGCAAAAGCUUUGAAGAAUGAAAGAAAAGCGGACCCUUUGUAUGGCAUUCUUUAUGCUUACAUUUCUAUGCUGAACAUCGAUAAUGAAACUACAAACGUCGUGCGAAACAGAUGUUCUGGCUGUGGUUAUAUUGUAAAUGCAGCAUCGAAUACUUGUACAACUUGCCACAAAGAUUCUUUGGGAUAUAAAUCCAUUUUUUCCAGCUUCGACAUGCUGAUCGAUGUGACUGACCACACAGGCACCCUCCCUUCCUGCAGUCUCUCAGGAAGUGUCGCUGAGGAGACCUUGGGCUGCACGGUGAAUGAGUUUCUUGCAAUGACAGACGGACAGAAAACAGCGUUAAAGUGGCAACUUCUUUUGGAAAGAAGCAAAAUUUAUUUAAAAGUUAGUGUAUUUUACAGUACUGUAUUAUUAUAUAUAUCCUAACAAUAGGAAAGCCUAGACUGUGGCCUAAUAGAGAAUUUAUUAUUUUUUAAAGAUUUAUUUAUUUAAGAGGCAGAGUUACAGAGAGAGACAGAGACAGAGAGAAAAGUCUUCCAUCCGCUGGUUCACUCCCCAGUUGGCUGCAACAGCCAGAGCUAGGUAGACCUGAAGCCAGGAGUCAGGAGCCAGAGGCAUCUUCCAGUUCUCCCACGUGGGUGCAGGGGUCCUAGCACCUGGGCCGUGUCCACUGCUUUCUCAGGCCAUUAGCAGGGAGCUGGAUCAGAAGUGAAGCAGCCAGGGCUCAAACCAGGGCCCAUAUGAGAUGCCAAUGCUGCAACUGGAGGUUUAACCUACUACUGCCAUAGUGCCAGUGCCGAUUCCCAGAUGUGUAGAGGGAAUUUAGUUACCCUAAAAAUGGUGGAUAAUCAGGUUUUUUAAAAAAACAUGGUAUAAAGGAAUUACAAAUGACACCAAAGAAAAGGACCAAGCAUGAUAUCUGCUGAUGUUCGCUCUAAGGCAAGGCUGGGCCACCCUACCCCCACCCCUGCUGUGUGGCACUGCUCUGCACUUGGUAAGGCAGCAGAAAUGGCACAGUUAACUGCUUAGACUCCUUCUUGGUCUGAAUCUCCAUUGCACUGCGCCAUUGCACCAAGGGCCGUAGGGCCUUGGUGAGGUUAGUGACUGUGGGAGUUUGUAAAAUCCUGUGACCACUACUCUGAAGGGUCACAGGCAGCUCCUGUGGCACUGGCGACACUGCAGGCUGGAGGCCAUGGGCUAGCAGCACUCAAGGUACAAGGGGAGAAGAGUCAGACUGCCGCCUCAGUGCGGUGAGGAGAGUGGACCAGGACAUGCGAGCACUUGUCCCCGCACAGAGCCUGCACCCUUUCCUUCUGUAGUUCUCCAGUUUCUUUCCUGCUCCUGAAAGUUAUUGUGCUCUUGCUUGUGUGAGUUAUGCUUACCGAUAACUGCUGCACUAGAUCUUAAUAUAGGGAAAAAUCCAAACAUUCAUAAGCAUACAUCGCACUGCUGGACAGCACAAUGAUGUCACAUGAUGUCCUGCAGCCACUGGAAAGAGGCAGUGUGCGGUGUGAGGGAAGGCAGACCUCGCAGAGUUCUGAGUCCAGAGACCCUGAAUGCUAACCUGUGAGCUGCUCGGCCAUCUUCCAGGGUUCCUCUCCUGUAGCCUUAAGCGUAUCAGCAGAGGGCGCAGACAUGGAGUCAUCAAGGGCCUCCCCAGUACUCCAGGACCUUGGCCUGAGGAUUCUUCAUUCCUAAGUCAGAGGAAGAGUUCCUGCCUUUCCUCCAGCAUUCACAUCCCAUCUUGAACACUGUCUGUCCCCAUCCCACCUUGAACACUGUC